AGCACGAGCGUUUCGCGAUCGUUCACAGUGCACAGGUCGGAUUUGUUUAGGUUUACGCAGACUGAGCGUUGGUCGCUGGGAGCCAAUGUCCACCGCGGUCCUUUAACCUGGACGUUGCACAGUUCUGACUCGUUGCCAAACCCCGGAACAACUCCUCCUCCGACGUCUGUGUGUUUCGCCACUCCCUUUCAGGGCCGUCGCCUGCCUCGUAUCUCCGUUAUCGGACCCCCGACGCUGGCCUGCUAGUUAGCAAACAAGCUAACGAUUGCCAAAUUUCCCCCAUGUCCUCUGAAGAAGGGCUGAGCUCAACGAUCACGGAUUGGCUUUUAAUCAACUCCUGGUGGCUCCUUCUGCCGUUUGUCAUGCUUCUUGUGGUCGCUGCCUUCAUUGUUGCAUUUGUGUUGCUGUUGUACAUGAUAUCGCCACUUAUUAGUCCCAAACCUCUGAAACUGAACGGGGCCCACGUCGUGGUGACUGGGGGCUCAAGUGGGAUCGGGAAAUGCAUUGCAAUUGAGUGCUACAGGCAAGGAGCAUUCAUCACUUUGGUGGCACGGGAUGAGGCUAAAUUGCUUCAAGCGAAGAAAGAGUUGGAGAAAUUUGCCAUCAAUGACAAACAGGUGGUGCUUUGCAUAUCAGUGGAUGUUUCCAGUGAAUAUAGCCAGGUGGAAAGUGUGAUAAAGCAGGCUCAGGAGAAGCUGGGGCCUGUUGAUAUGUUGGUGAACUGUGCUGGGGUAUCCAUUUCUGGAAAGUUUGAUGAAAUGGAAGUGGACCGUUUUAAAAAACUGAUGGAAGUGAACUACCUGGGGAGCGUUUACCCGACACGAGCCGUCAUAACCACCAUGAAGGAGCGAAGAAGGGGCCGCAUCAUGUUUGUGUCCUCCCAAGCAGGCCAGAUCGGCUUGUUUGGAUACACCGCCUACUCCCCGUCCAAGUUUGCCCUGCGUGGCUUGGCAGAAUCUCUGCAGAUGGAGAUAAAGCCAUACAAUAUCUACGUGACGGUGGCCUACCCCCCUGACACUGACACUCCAGGAUUGGCUGAGGAAAACAAGACCAAGCCUCUGGAGACCAAAUUAAUCUCUGAAACCUCAGGAGUUUGCCAACCAGACCAAGUGGCCAAAAUCAUUGUUCGCGAUGCAGUGCAGGGGAACUUCAACAGCUCCGUGGGACCCGAUGGUUACAUGCUAUCAGCCCUCACCUGUGGAAUGUCACCCGUCACCUCCAUCACAGAGGGUCUCCAGCAGAUUGUUACCAUGGGACUGUUUCGGACCAUCGCCCUCUUCUACCUGGGCAGUUUUGACAGCAUUGUGCGGCGCUGCAUGAUUCAGAGGGAACAGUCAAAAGCAGCUGAUAAGAGGGAGUAACCGCAGCCUUACCUUCGUCACAGCCCAACGCCCCUCCUUCUCCUCCUCCUUCUCUUCCUCCUCCUUCUCCUCCUCCUCCUUCUCCUCCUCCUCCUCCUCCUCCUCCUCCAUCCCACCCCCUCCUCCAAGUGCACAACUAUAGGUGGGGGGCACGCUUUUGGUGCGUUUCUGAUAUCAAUAGGUGGGAGGAAAGAAAGUGGCAGAUGUUUACUCUUUGCUUGUCCAUUGACAAAUUCUCCACAGACUUGAGUCAUUUUCGAUUUUUAUUUUAUUUUUUCAAUCCUCUCAGAGCAUUCCAGUGACUUUUCAGUUGCAUGUGUCCACCUGCUUCUUUUUGUGGAAGCAGCCUUACAUUCAGAUAAUGGGAGCAGACUUAACAUCGCGCAGCCUGGUUCUCAAGUAAGUAUAGUCUUUAUGAACCACUGACGAGAUGUCAGGCCUCCACGUGCACAGUGCUGUUUUUUGGGGGGUGGAGGGGUUGCACAGAGAGGAAAAGCAACAGACUGCCUGUCUGACCGGUUGUGCCAAUUACAGUUGAAAGUUGCUUCCCACCAGGGGCUAUAGUGAAAACUAGAAUAGUAACUAUCAGCUUUUGCCAUUUGGUUUUUAUAUAUCACAAAACUAGGUCCACCGUGUAGUGAUUUCAGUGUUCACUAAGUAAGGCCCUUCCGCUCUACCUUUUUCAUACCACGUGUCUUUGCUGGCAAAGCACCUCACUUUUUGAAUGAAAAUCCUCUCUGUCGGAAACCAGUUGUGACCGCAGUGUUUUUUGUUUUAUGUUGUGUGAUGUUUCGUUGUUGUGCUCUUUGUGUGAACCAAGCCUAGAUGUGGGACAGCAGGACUCUGCAGUGAUAUCAGAGAGAGAGAGAGAGAGCAUGUGAUGAUUUUUAUUUUAUUUUACUAAUGCAAAGGCAUCAUUUCCAGAAAAUUAUAAUAUUCCAACGUUGUAUGGGGACAAGUAUUUUUGAGUGUGUGUGCUUUGUCUGUUUUGCUGUGACUGAGCCAAACCCCCCCCCCCCCCCCCCGGGGAGAGAAAAGCCAUUAGAUUUCAUCGUCUCUGGAGAAAACUCACCAAAUAUUACUUUAUUUAACUGGAAAGCAGGUACUAUGGGUUGAAGCCAUGAAAUCAAAAGAUAAAGAGACAGACAAACAAGAAGACCAGCACAGGUAAACACAUGCAUGUGAAUCACCUGUUCAAUACAGUUGUUUUUUUCAUUAAAUAUGUGGGGGGGGGGGGGGAAAGCGUAUUAUUUUUACAUGCCGUUGUGUGUCUGUGCACAUAUUCAGCUGCCCAAGCCAGUCAAGAUCCACAUGGGAUCCAUAAUCUGUUCGGGCGGUGGGAGUCGGGGUAGGGCGAGACUUGCUGGUUCGAGUCUUGUCCCCCGCAGGUCUAGUGGGGGCGCCAGAGAGUUGCUUUACAUAAAGCUGAAAUGGUAGAGAGAGACUUGUGCACCUGCAGUCACAUGUCAUGCACAAGUCUAGACUCUGCCGCUCCCUAAAUGACUAUCUAUUCCCACCUUAAAAAAAACCAACCCGACAACCUUGUAUUAACCACACGUGUUUCCAUAUGUUUUGCAUUCAGAGGCAGUAAAAGUACAGCGUCGACUCUUGCAAGUCUUCCUUUUGGGCCACCACAAACUGGGGAGAAUGUACUUUUAAUACAAAGCAAACCAAUCAGAACAUCUUAGUUAUUUUUAAAUACACCAAUAUUCAAAUGCCAAAAUGUGUUAAGACAAUUUGUGUAGGUGCGAUGCAUUUAUGCGAGAUACAAUUGUUCGAUGUUGCUGCUCUGUUGACGUUCGUUUGGGGACCCAUUCUAAGCCUUAAGACGUGACUACUGAUGAAGCUGAUGCUAGAAGGAUGGACCUGUCCACGCAAUAUUGUGACUUCACCCACCUGUGGUUUACUAGUUCAUCUCAUACUUCAUCUUUAAUACUUUUAUGUAUGAAAAUGCCAAUUGUUUUGGUGUGUUUUGUCAAUUUCCGGUCUCUGCGUGACAAAAAAGAAGCCUUAGAGAAGUCAUAAAAGUGAGAAUGGAUGACUCGUGUUUUGAUGAUGUUCUCAUUUGAAAUUGGUUCAACGGCAUACUGUCCGGCACUCGAGAGCUUUUUCAUUGGCGUACGUUUAUUGUUUUCGAAAGUUGUCUUUUCCCUUGAGGUGGCAACACAUUGUCGAUAGAAUAUGUAGCCCAUAUAUAAGAAGCAGUCUUGUUUUAACCUUAAGCUAUGCAAAUGAAGCCUUUGCUUACGAAACGAUCAAACAUAGUCAAGAUUUAAGCUGUAACGGUCAAGAUACUUUAAUAUGUAUGGAACAUGAAAGUCAUAAUGCCCUCUUUCGUUUUAUUCUUUCUUGCUUUUUACCUGUUUUCUGCCAAAAAGAAACACCUUCACCUUGUGUGCCAUUGAAAGAAAAUGUGAGAAGUGGAACGUUUUUGUCUUUUCUUACAUAAGAAAAAUAAAUAAAUACUUCUGUAACUGUAA